AUGCCUCCAUCAUUUCUAGGCCUUGAGGGCCUUCACGUCUUCGUCGCUGGUGCCGCAGGAGAUAUCGGUAGGCGAGCGGUGCAGGAAUUCCUAGACCAAGGAUGCAAAGUCACGGCGUUUGAUCUGCAUGAUGUGAAAAUCCCCGAAACAAACAGAAACGAUGUGCAUCCUAGACUUCACGUCCUCAAGGGCGAUGAUACAAAUGAAGGCUCCAUUCAAUCAUGCAUUUCCCAAGCCAGCCAACGCCUUGGCCCCAUCAAUGUCCUCGUUGUCAAUUCCAUAACCACUGGACAAGGAAAUGACCUCCCCAUAUGGGAUCUUCCACUAGACCACUGGGAGAGAACGUCCCGUGCCAAUGUACGGGGAACCUUCCUCACGAUCAAGCACUUCUUGCGAGCUGCUCAAACAGCCCAGCAGUCUGCCGGCAAACAGCUAGAAAAUCUUGCUAUUGUUGUGGCAGGAGGCGAGACACCUGGACAGGCCAAGUUGUACACUGAGUUGGCCCAGAGGGUGAAGAACGAUAUAGUCCGUCUCAACAGUCAGGCGAGGAUCAACAUCAUUACCCCAGUUGAACCCGCAGCAGGGAAGCAAACAGACUCAAUCCCCCGAACUAUAGCAUUCCUAGCCUCCCACCGCGCGGCCGGACACCUUACAGGCCAAUGCCUCAACCUGAAUAACAACACGCAAAACGAAUCUACCUCAACCAGCCUUACCCCGUCCAUCCCCAGAUCCCUCACCAGAGUCAGCAAAAAAAUCCGCGUCGCCAUAAGCAUCGACCUAGACGCCGUCUCCGGCUGGCUCGGCACCGGCAAAAGCCCAGACAACAUCCUAGCCGACUACUCAGCGGGCUUCUUCGGCGCGAGAGUCGGCGUUCCACGUCUCCUGAACAUGCUCAAGAAGCUCGAUCUCGCAGACCGCUGCACGUGGUUUGUCCCGGGCCACUCUGCCGAAAGCUUCCCGGACGAAGUACAACAAGUAGUCGACUCUGGCUGCGAGAUAGCACUGCACGGCUACGCCCACGAAGGCGCCUACCAAAUGACGCCGGAACAAGAGCGCGACGUCCUAGUCAAGUGCAUCGACAUUGCCAAGAAACUCACGGGAAAGGAACCAGUUGGCUAUCGAGCUCCGUUGUACCAGCUCCGUGAAUCAACCCUAGAUCUAUUGGAAGAAUUCGGCUUCGAAUAUGACUCCUCCAUUACCGAGCACGACAGCUACCCCAUCUUCGCCCCUCGCCGCCCAGCCAUCGAACCCAUCGAUUUUUCCAAGCCCGCCUCCAGCUGGAUGAAACCCCUCCCAGCUUCCUCAGACCGGCGCCCUCUCGUUUGUGUCCCUUGCAACUGGUACAUGGAAGACAUGACGCCGAUGCAGUUUCUUCCUCAUGCACCGAACUCACACGGCUACACGGACGCGCGGGUCAUGGAGAACAUGUGGAAAGAUCGGUUCCUGUGGAUUAGAGAGAACGAGGAGGAGCCGCUGUUCCCUAUUCUUAUGCAUCCGGAUACAAGUGGCAUGGUGCAUGUGAUCGGGAUGCAGGAACGGUUUUUGAAUUGGUUGAAGAGCUGGGGGGAUGAGGUGGAGUUUUGUCAAACGGUGGAGGUGGCCAAGUGGUUUAGGGAGAAGGAGAUGGGGAAAUCUGCGUAG